AUGAGUAAUAACAAAGACAAUUAUAUAUAUAAACUUUCUGAAGAAUCUACACCUCUUAAUCUUUAUAAAAAACAUACAUCUUUUGAACUUUCUGAAAAAUCUACAUAUUUUGAACUUUCUGAAGAACCUACUUCUUCUUUAAAUUGUGAGACUAGUGAUAAUAUAUCUAUCAGUUCUA